AUGCCCGACAGAUUUGGCAUGCCAUUCAGGACAGAACAAUCAGCCCCAAGAUUCACCGGCGAUGUUUACGGAGUUUUCGCAUUUUUGCAAUCUGUAGACCAACUCGGACAAAAGUGCAAUUUAUCGGACACUGAGCUCAUCAAGUAUACUCUCAGAUAUAUCCAAUGCGACCACAAAGAACUAUGGGCAGGAUGCCCUGAGGCCCGAGGUACAUCUUGGUUAGAUUUUACUAACGAAAUUCUGUCGUCCUACCCAGAAGGAGGCAUACACGAGUAUACCCGACCCGAUCCGCAGCCCGAAAUACCCGAACCCGAGGAAUCCGAUGAUUAUGAAUGGUGGACACUUCACCUAAGUGACGAAUACACACCCGCACAAGAACGCCUAACUUCAGAAAUAGAAAUCUCCGCACCCGAAGACCCUAUCACAACAUCCGACGCCCCAGAGGGAGUCCGAAGUUCCGAAAUUUCGGACUUGACCUUCGGACAAGUUCAGUUACCAUCGGAACAAUUGGAUGUAUUCGUAGAAGUCAUUGAUGCAGACGUACUAACAUCAGAAGUCUUAGAUUCAGAGCUAACGUCGCUAGAAGACAACGUACCCGAGAUACCCGAAACAUCGGCCGACGAAUUCCCAGAAAUAUGGGAUAUUUGUACCAGGAGUUUAGAUCACGAACUCGUUUUACCUUCUCCAGAUCGCACUGAUCAUUUCGUUCACGCAGUAGCCGUCGCUUUAAUUCUCACCGGUUAUGUCACUAGGUCUAGGUAUCAUUUUGAAUUGUCACACCCGAAAAUCCGCACGUCAAAGCCCGAAACACCCGAAACACAUUUCCCCAUCAUCCCGAAGAUAUGCCCCGUUUACCCGCAGUUUCCCUGCAUAGUUUCGCCCUAUCGUCACCCGUCGCAUCGGAUCCGAAAUAUCCGAUUCCAUCAUCCGGUCUACCGACGCUUUCAAUACCCUCGUCCAUCGCACUCCCAGAUCGCGUUUUACCAGUAUGAAAGCCAACGACGUCUUUACCUUAGGAAAAGCUAUAGUUCGAAACCCCGAAAUUUCGGGUAA